AGAACCCCCAUCUUCAACUUCGACCACAUUUCCUUUAGACCUCAUCGUCGCCGAAAGCAUUGGAACUGCCUCCGCGAUGUUCAGUAAUUCCUCCAGCUACCUCGGCGGAGGCAAUUCUGCUCGCCCUGGUGCGCAGCCAAGUUAUGGCUCAUCCUCCUUUCUCAACCCAACGCUGCAGCAGCAGCCGGGUUAUGGCCAACCACCAGCGCUACAAAACCAGUAUACCGGAUAUGUGGCUCCGCAAUCUCAGUACGGGCAGCAGCAGACAAGCGGACAGCAGCCUCUGAAUGCGCAAGCUACUGGCUAUCCGGGCCAGUUUGGGCAGCAAACCAGUAACUAUGGUCAGCAAAUGCAACCGCCGAUGGCUUCGCAGCAGCCCUCGUUCCAAUACAGCCAGCCGACCGGAAUACCGCAACCACUGCAACAGCAGCCGUCGCAGCAGGCCCCAGCUCAGCCAUUACAGCAGCAAAAGACGAGUGCUCAAAUGGCUGAUUCGUUCAGGACAACGCCUGCAUCCUCGUCGACAGCACGUCCGUCAACUUCGGGAAGUAAGAUACCCAACAUCAGAUUAUCCUUCAUUACAGCGCAAGAUCAAGCAAAAUUUGAGCAGCUCUUCAAAUCCGCCGCCGGAAACAAUGCUGCUUUGUCUGGUGAGCAAGCACGCGACAUUCUGUUGCGCUCGAAACUAAGUGGCAACGACUUGUCUGACAUAUGGGUCCUUUCCGAUACCACCAAGUCCGGACAGCUUAUGUUUCCUGAGUUUGCUCUUGCUAUGUACCUGUGUAACUUGAGAAUGAAUGGGAAGAGCCUGCCGUCUGUUCUGCCAGAACAAAUCAAGAAUGAGGUGUCAAGCAUGGUUGACAUCAUUUCGUUCAACGCGGCCGAUACAGCCCCAUCACGUCAGUCGGCAGCCUCUCCUCCCGUUAUUCAGCAACCCCAACCACAACAGAAUAACCAACAACUGCUUAGCCAGCUCACAAGCCAACCUACGGGUAUGAUGCCGCAGAUCACAGGUUACCAGCAGCCCCAGCCGACGGGGUUUGCAGGACCGGGCGGAUUUGGCAGUCAGCAGCAAAAUCUUCAACCACAGGCUACUGGCUUUGGCGGAUCUCAAGGUGGUGGAUACACUGGCCCAAGACCACCCAUGCCACCCAUGCCCACUGGCUUUGGAAAUCAGGGCCUGGUAGCUGGUCUCCAACCUCAACCUACUGGCAUGGUCGCACCACUUAAUAGUCAGCCCACAGGUGUUCCAGGUCAGUGGGGACUUGUGAAUGCGCCAGCGGGCGGUCUGCCCAACCUUGAUGCAUUCAAGCAACAGCUCAUGCCGCAACCUGGCCGCGAGGGCGGGUUCUCUAUGCAAAAUUUGCAGGGAAAUGCUAAAGUGCCGUGGGCUAUUACGAAGGAGGAAAAGAAGUUGUACGACGAUGUUUUCAGAUCAUGGGACGGAUUUGGUAAGGGCUAUAUCGCUGGACCUGAAGCUAUCGAGAUUUUCAGCCAGUCGGGCCUCGCAAAGUCGGAUUUGGAACGUAUUUGGACUUUAUCUGAUCCCAAUAAUCGUGGCAAGCUUAACAUGGACGAAUUCGCUGUGGCUAUGCAUUUGGUCUACCGCAAGUUAAACGGCUACCCGGUUCCGAAUCGCCUGCCUCCGGAGCUCAUUCCACCAUCUACACGCAAUCUCGGCGAUGCAAUGAGCAGCGUGAAGUCUUUGCUCUCAAGAGACGCUGAAGAGCGAAAGUCAUCUGGUGCUUUUUUGCAGCCACAAAGGACUGGCGUGAGCUAUAUGAAAUCGCAUUCCUUCCGCCAAGGCAGUCCCUUACAUGGGCAGAGAGGCGAUGCCACUGUCUUCCGAAAUAACGAUGAUGAUAUUGGAUACAAAUCCAGCGCCAGACAUCGUAUAGGAGGUGGUGGAAGGACGCCUUCUCCAGCACAGCCAGGCAGCCCUGCAUCUGAGCGUGAUGAAUUAACUCUUGAUCAGCUGCGGAAAUUGAUUGCUGAGAAGCAGGUUCUGCUCGAUGCUAUUGACUUCAGAGAUGAGAAUGCCGCGGAAGAGGAGGACGCGUUGGAUAGGAGAGAUCGCAGGGAUGCGGAUGAUUUAUAUCGCAGAAUCAGACGCAUACAGGAGGAAAUUGACAACCAUCCAAACUCCCACGCGAGUGAUGGCGACUCGGAAGCUGAGAAGAGGAUUCUUAGACGUCAGUUGCAGAGCUUGAACGACCGCCUCCCUGAUCUGGCGUCUCAAGUGCGAAGAUGCGAACGCGCAAUCGCUGAUGCUCAGCUCGAGCUGUUUCGUUUGAAGGACGCUAAGGCACACCCGAAUUCGUCAACACCGAUUGUUGGUACCGGACCCGGGGGUGCAGUAACUGAAUCUGAUCGACUGAGGGCUCGCGCCAAGGCUAUGAUGGAACAGAGAUCAGCCGCUUUGCGUGGAAAGCCGAUUCCCACCAGUGGUGACGACGCAGAAGCAGCUGCCCGCAGACUGGAGGCAGAGACUGCGCGUAUUCGUAUUGAACGUGAGAAUCACGAACGCAUGGUUCAAGAUGUGGAAGAGAGCGUGCGUGAGUUCGGUAAAAGCCUGGAAGACAGGCUCAAAGAAGGCGCCGCAUCAUCUGCCAGUGAGCAUGAGCGACGACGUUGGGAAGAAGGUCUUGGUGUCGAAGACGAGGUCAAGGAUUUCAUCUUCGAGUUGCAGCGUGAGAGCAGAUUGGCACAGGAUCGCAAAAAGGAAAGCAGGGCAGGCAGUCGUUCGACACCAUCAACAACGCGCACAGAGCCUGCGAGAGCUACUACACGAUCCGAAGAGCCAGCAAGAUCUGCCGAAGCUUCGUCCGCACCUGUUUCUGCAUCGGCGACUAAUGGCUCUUCAUAUUCGACUUACAAGACUGCUGAAGAACGCGCCGCUUAUAUUAAACAACAGGCUGAACAGCGCAUGGCCGAGCGUCUCGCCGCCCUGGGCAUCAAGGCACCAUCCAAGCCUGGUGAGACACCUGCUCAACGUGCAGAACGUGAAAGGAGAGAAGCAGAAGAACGAAGACGUAAAGCUGAGGAAGAAGAUGCUCGAAAGGAUGCAGAGCGUCAACGUAGGCUUGAGGACGAAACAAUUGCUCCGCCGACAAAGGCAGUCGCAAAGAAGCCUCCACCACCUCCGUCUCGCAAAGCAGGAAGAGAGGCAGCAGCUGAGCAGAAGCGCGCUAGUUUGGUUAUUCAGGAGCAAGCUUUGCGUGAGCAAGAGGAAGAGACAAAACGCAUGCAGGAUGAGGCUCGCAGGCAAGAAGAAGAGGCUCAACGCGAAAAGGAGGCCCAGGAAGCUCGCAUCCGAGAGCUCGAGGAACAAGUUCGCCAAGGCAAGCUUCGCAAAGAAGAGGAGAAGAAGCGCAAACAAGCUGCCGCUCGAGAAGCCAAGGAAGCUGAAGCUCAACGUCAGGCUCAAGCUGCUGCACGUCAGGCCGAAAUUGAAGCUGCUAAGGAGCGAGAACGUGAACUACAGAGGCAGCUUGAGAGCCUUGCUGAAGACAGCUCGUCUGACGAGGAGGGUCCUGAACAGGUCACUCCACAAGAGACGACUCCCACUGCCAGUCAAGAACUGCCGAAAGCGGCCACACCCGUGACAUCGCCACCGCCCCAACCGGCUGCUCCUGUACCCACUGUCAAUGUCGCAAGCCCGCCAAGACCUCCUGUUCCUACCGCUACAGCACCAGCAGAGCAAUCUACUAACAAUCCGUUCUUGAAGAAGAUGCAAGCGAGCAGUCAGAGUAGUGAAGCUGCUGCGGCGCAGACACCGACACCUUCGGAGGCCUCUACUCAGUCGACGAAUCCAUUCCAUCGACUGGUCCAGCAGCAGGCUGAAGCACCAAGUGCGGCGACGCGUGCGGCUCGUGUUCGCUCCAAUAGUGACGACUGGUCUGUACUGGAGUCGGAUAAUGAGUCUUCCGACGAUGAAGCACCUGUUGGUGGAGGUGCCAAACAAUUGGCGUCUUUGCUGUUCGGCACGAUGGCUCCACCUCGCCCGCUCUCAGCGAUGGAUGGCAACAGAUCCGCCACUGCAAGUCCAUCAGUACAGAGUCCAGUCACAGCUGGUAGCCCGCCUCCUGCACCACCAAUGCCAGGAACAAAUGCCCCUCCCGCCCCUCCAUUGCCAACUGGAGGUGCUCCACCACCUCCGCCUUUGCCUACGGGUAAUGCUCCGCCGCCUCCGCCAAUGCCAAAUAGUGGCGCACCUCCCCCGCCUCCAUUACCGGGUGCGGGCUCUGCACGACCAGCUGGCGCACCGGAUAGAAGUGCAUUGCUGGGAAGUAUCCAAGCCGGAAAAACACUGAGAAAGGUGCAGACAAAGGACCGAAGUGGGAGUGCUGUGGCUGGCAGGGUGCUCGACUAGUCUACCAUUGGUCUCCAUAUCUUGUCGCGGAUUCAGCAAGAGCUAUACUAAAUCAUACCUUUCUUGCCCCCUUGGGACUCGUUUUCUCUCUGUUUGAUAACUGCCGUAAUACUGUACACUCGAAGUUUUAUAUGAAUCCCAUGCCCAAGUUUCGUAUUCGAUGUUUGCGAGCAGAAUUGGAGUUUUGCAUUGUUGCGCAUCCAUGAUAUGCAUAGUCUUUGAAU